UGCGGGGAGGGAGCGCAGCCCCGGGUGCAGAACCGUGAGGUUCUCUCUCUCGCCGCCUGCGCCGUGCGUUAUUUUAUUAUUUUGUUUUACUCAUUUUUAUUUUACUGUCCGUGGUGGGGGAAGCAGUUUACGAGCGAUCUGCUCGGGGGUGAAGGUGGCUGGUUCAGCUCUCGCCCCGGUCUGCAGCUGGGCUUGUCAGUCUGCGCCGCGUUGAUGUUGCGCUUUCCCCCCAGAGAUGGCACUGGAUGUCUUUCGCAUUUUCUUGGGAUAUUGUUUUUCAUCCCCUAGGGAGCCCAGCUCCUGGCUGGUACAGCUGUAAAUCUUUCCCUUUUCGCAUUCAUUCACCCUUGGUCUGUUGUGGAUUUGUAUUCAGUGCUCGUGAAGAAGGCGGCUUGUUGUGUAGGAGCAAAUUCUCUGCUGGAGGGUGGUGAGGCACUGGCACAGGAAAACGUGAACGCCCCAUCCCUGGAAGUGUCCAAGGCCAGGUCGGAUGGAGCUCUGAACCACCUGGUCUAGUGAAAGGUGUCCCUGCCCAUGGCCAGGGGCUUUGGGACUGCACAAGUCUCUUAAGUCCCUUCCAACCGAGCCAUGAUUCUGUUCUGUGAAUUAGAAAUGAAAGUGUUUGGUUUUCUGUUUAAUCUGGUGACCACAAAGCCCACACAGGUGAUGUUAGAUGUAAAAUGAAAUAUUUGGUUACUGGAUGAGGACAAAGACUUUGUGUCACGGCAGAAGCUGUCACUUUCUGCUCAUGGUGACUGCUUGCCAGAGGAAACCUUUCCUCUUCUUGUUCUUUCUGUGCUUCCACACCACUGCACCUUUUUCUCUCUGGAGUGGAGAACAGCUCCGUGCUGGCUGUGCUCUGGGUAGGCAAGACACUUUCUUAGCAUUAUUGGAUGAGUUUUUGAAACGCUUGAUAGCGCUUACCUUUCCCUGCUCUCAGGUAAACAGGGCAUCCUGGGGGGGAGUGAAAAGGUACUUUUUCUUUGGCUUGACAGUAAAGCAAAGCAGAUUGUUGUCCUGUUUCCCUGCAUAAAUGAGGCACUUGGCUACAUUUUCGUGUAGGUGCAGAACUGUCACUGCAGUUUUCUCAGUCAGUGUUGCAAUCUUCAUGUCUCUAGCUAGGCGGGAUGGAAAUGUUUAACAUCCCUACUCUUCCCUUACUAUUUAUAAAAGAUAGAUGAGCAGAUAUUCUGUUUAUUUGAGAAGCUCUUUUUUUUUUGAGAAGCUCUUAUUCUCAUGAAUCCUCAGGUGCUUUUUGUUUGACACCUAGUUCAUCUAAGCCUUUUCUACCCUAUUUUUCUUUCACACUCCAGCCUGUGGUCAGGAAAUAUUUGAAAGCAGGUUGUUUGCACCCUUGCUUUAAUUUUGUAAAGGAGCAUAUUAGAUGUGUAGGCUGAGUUGCUUUCUCACAGAAAAUGUCUUGGCCACUUGACAGCACUUAGUUCAGGACUCUGUAAUGCACAUACGUCACUUUAAGAGGGAGACUUUCCAAAUGCACUAGGAAGCAAAUCUGUGGAGCUUUCUGAUGCUGCAGAUUCAGGCAGCAGAGUGAGAACUCUGCUGGUUCCUCACUCUGCCAUACGGAACAUGAACGUGGUGGUGUUCUUGGCUCUUUCCAGCUCAGUGUCGGGGGCAUUCGGAACUUGCUAGAGACAGAUGUUGAGUUCAGUAGCAUGGGAGAGGCACUUCCCAUGUCUUGCCAAGAUUUCAGAUGCAUGCCAGGUUCCCGCUGAAUGCCAGCAGCAGAGAUCCCUACAGAUGGAGCCCCAAAGUCAGCAUGGCAGCGGCGGCUCCCUGGUGGUGAUUCAGCAGCCCUCCCUGGACAGCCGGCAGCGCUUGGACUAUGACAGGGACAGCCAGCCCACCACCAUCUUGUCACUGGACCAGAUCAAGGCCAUCAGGGGCAGCAACGAAUACACCGAGGGGCCGUCGGUGGUGAAAAAGUCGGGUCCGCGGCCGGCGCCGCGGCAGGAGAAGCAUGAGAGGACUCACGAGAUUAUACCGAUUAAUGUGAAUAACAACUACGAGCACAGGCCCGGCCACGCGGGGCACGUGGCGCAUCAGCAUAACGCCAGGGCUCCCGUCCUGAGCCGAUCCACCAGCACGGGCAGCGCGGCCAGCUCCGGCAGCAACAGCAGCGCCUCCUCGGAGCAAGGGCUGCUGGGGCGCUCGCCGCCCUCCCGGCCGGGCUCCGGCCACAGAUCCGACCGGACAAUCCGGGCACAGCCCAAGCAGUCGGCGCUGAUCGUGGACGAUCUGAAGGGGCCUUUGAAAGAGGACUUGACGCAGCACAAGUUCAUCUGCGAGCAGUGCGGGAAGUGCAAGUGCGGGGAGUGCACGGCGCCGCGGGCCCUGCCCUCCUGCCUGGCCUGCAACCGGCAGUGCCUGUGCUCGGCCGAGAGCAUGGUGGAGUACGGCACCUGCAUGUGCCUGGUCAAAGGGAUCUUCUACCACUGUUCCAACGACGAUGAAGGGGACUCGUACGCGGAUAAUCCCUGCUCCUGCUCCCAGUCACACUGCUGUUCUAGGUACCUGUGCAUGGGAGCCAUGUCCUUGUUCCUGCCUUGCUUGCUCUGCUACCCUCCGGCCAAAGGAUGCCUAAAACUCUGCCGGGGGUGCUACGACCGCGUCAAUCGUCCGGGGUGCCGGUGCAAGAACUCCAACACGGUCUAUUGUAAACUGGAGAGCUGCCCCUCCCGGGGUCAGGGCAAGCCCUCAUGAUUUUGGGAGGGAGGUUUACUUCCUCCAACUUCAGUUUUUCAGGUUGUAGCUGAUGGGUUUUUUUUUUUCCCCUCCCCCCAUCUUUUCUUCUUCCCCCCUUCCACUCCCAAUCUGGGAGGACUGUUCCUUUCCUCUCCUUUCUGUCUGCCCAACUUCAGACACAUGAGUUCGUCCCCUUGCAUCUUUGCUCUCCUCCUCCUACUGACUUGGCUGAGUGUGGAGCGUUUCACGCAGUCGCUGCUGCUCUUUGGUAAGUGUGGACCUGGGAUCUGCACCUGCCGCUUGUUCGGGCAGGGUCUUUGAGUUUGCAACUGAACCACUCCUGAAAGAGACAGUGAGGGCUCACUGGGCUCUUGAAGCUUCUUGCUCUGUGAAUAUCUUCCCAAAGAUGUCUUUUUUGUUUAUUGUUUUUGGGUUUUUUUUUGUUCUCAGCAAGUUAUGGUUUUUUUUCUCCUUAACCUCCCGGGUGCCAAGGAAGAGUAACUUCCCUGAGUGAGCUGGAUUGUGAAAUAACUUUUUGUGUGUGUUCUUUCUGGAGAGGGAUGUAAAAUAAAGGCUUCACCAAAUGAAAGGCCUGACUCUUCUAUAAGCAGCCUGCUUCUUUUUGCAUCUUUUUUUUUUCCACCCCCCUCUCUUUUUGUCUUAACUUUUGGAGCAUUCUCAGGUCUGAGAAUUGCCCUGCCCUUUUUUUCUUCAUUUUUUCUAUUUUACAUUUUCAAUGUAACUUCGGUUUUUGCUACACUGUGCAGAUCUUCACAUUGGAGACAUUGUGGCUGCAACAUACUCAUAUGUUUCUUUUGCUGUCCAGUCUUUGAAGGAUAUUGCUCACUCCACCCUCCUAAUCCCGUUUUUAUAGUCUGUCAGUAUCAGUUGAUAUUAAAGUUGGUGGUGUUCAUAUAUCCAAACAGCCUUCAGGUGUCAUUGAGUCACCUAAACGUUCUUGAAUCCUUCAAGUCUCUUGUGAUCCUUUGGCUUAGUGAGUUUAGCUCUGCUCUGUACUUUAUAAUUUUAUUCUGUCCCUGUUUUAUUGCCUUAGCCACAAAUUGUGGUCCUUUUUUGUAUAUUUUAUGUAUAAAACACAAAGUUGAAUCCCAACUAUUUUUAAGACAAAAGUCUGUUAAAACUUUUUUUAUUGUAAAGAAUAUUUAUUAUGUGAAUCUCUAUUAUUUUAUGAUAUUUAUUGCAAAAGACUUCGAAAAUGUACUCAUGUCUGAAUAUAACAAAAUAUCAAUACUUAACGAAAUAAGGAUGACACGAAGAAAGUACAUAUGUUAACUAUAAUGCAGAAAAUAUAUUAAUUAAUGAAAACGCCUCUGGAGUUCUUUUGUUACAAUGACAGGUUGGGAGCUACGUGUGUGUAUUGCUGGGCUGUUCCUCCUUUAGGUCUGUCAGGUGGCAAACAACCUCCUGUUGGUACUUCAAAGCCACUAGUCUGUGCUCUAGUUUAGUUUACCUAAUCUUAAGUUUAAGCCAACUAUAUAUCAAAUAAGGGAUAUUUAAUACAAUUGAAUCUGUGUUGUGCUUAACAGUGCCAAGAAAUGGAGGCUCUAUUUAUUUACCAAAGAAUUUGGAAAUACAGUUGUGGAGGAGGAAACCACAACUUCCAAGUUGUUUCUUUGUUUUGUUUUGUUUUGUUUAUUUUUUUGUUUUUCCUUAAGGAAUACCACAUUAACAUGCAAAGCCAUUUAAAAUUUUCCUAUAUGGAACUUCCUGUCUGGUUAAAUUGUGCAGCAGCUGAAGAAAUGAAUCUUCCCAGCUGGAUUUUAAAUAAAAAACCUGGAGGCAGGAUGAAAAACAGUGAUUGUGUUGCUGUAGUUUGGUAGCUUUGAAAUCUGGGAAUGUGUGUGCGAGCUUGGGCCCACGUCUGUGACUUAUUCGGUUGUUUUCCCAUACGUUUUCCAAUGUCAACUGAAUCUUCUGUCUUUAAAUUAAAGGCUCUUAAGGGUGACCUAAGUGUCACAGCUACUUGUGGCCAUUUAACACACAUUCCACAGAAAAAGCUUUUCAUUAAGAGUGAAUGGGGAGACCUCAUUCUUUUCCUCAUGUGGGUCAAGGUUACAUCACAAUUCUCCUGAACUUUAAAAGUUUUAAAUGGAUGCAGUUUCACAUGGUGUUCAGAGUAAGUGGUUCUAGAGAAGCUCCACUUCAGAACAGAGCGAUGACUUGACAAAUGUGUCAUAUCUUGCUCUUUUUUUAAGUCCUGCCGCUUUGAGUUGCCAUAUUCAAGCUGCUCUGACUCCCAGCAUGGUGAUGAUUUGUAGUUAAUUCCAUGCCAGCUGACGCAGUGUCACCGAACGGAGCUGACUGAAAAGCUGCUCUUUUAUUAAGCAGCACAGAUGACCGCUGAGAGGCACAAAGUAAAAUCAUCAUCUGAGUGCGUCUAGGAACGCUUUGCAGGAUGUGGCUGGUGCUGCUCCUCUGUGUGACACAAGUGAGGGGCUGGGGGGCUUGUGGGGCAGCCCUGGAUGCACACGGAUUCUGCUGUCCGAGAUUUCCCGAGAGGAAGCAAAGCCAGGAGAGGAAUGUUCCCGAGGAGCAGGGACUUGCACUCCUUCGCUAUCACCGCGCGUCUCGAAGAGCGACAGCUGCAAGUGGCCCCGCGGACACAAUGGAGGCCUUGUCCGGCGCUGGCCAGAGAUGUCCACUGGUAACUGUGCGCUGACACCCGGGAACACGGAGCCAACUGCCUCCUCACAGCUGGAUCACAGCCAGCUCCCUGCUCGGGGCCUUUGCUCCAGGGGUGCUGCUUGUGCCUCCUCAAGGAAAACGUUGCCCUCUGUACAGCUGUCUCUUUUUUUAUUCCAGCCAGGUGACUUAUCCGGGGACUUGGGUUGGUUCCUAGCAGAAGAGGAGAAAUCCCAAAGGACCCAUGUGUUCUCCAUCCUUUAGUGAUUGUCCUCCAUCAGGAGCUGUGUCGUGGCACUGUUUCAGAUCUCUUUUUUUAAACAAAAGCUACGCUCUAGUUAAUCAUACUAGUGCUCCCUUUACUAACCAGAUUUUGGGAAUAACCUGAGGUUGCAGCUCCUCUGGAGAAAAAAUUGAUUUGGACCUACACAGCAAAGAGAAGAAAACAGUUCCUUGCAGGUCUUACAUGGUUUUCUAAUUGCCAGGUAGAGCAGAUAGUGUUAGAAAAAUGAGAACUUUUUUCUCUUGGGUUAGAUGCUGUAUACUUUGUAUUUAACAUCCAAAUAUAUCUGAGCUCACUUCCGGGUACUCUGGAACGUCAUUGCCACUAUGCCAUGGAAAUGACUGGGGAUUCAUUCAGGCAGCUGGAAUUUGUGGUGUAGAACCAUGGAGGGUCACAUGAGAGCACAUGUCAGUCUUUCCAGCUGAAAGAGAAGGGAGCAAGCUGACAGCUGGGUGAAGUGAAGCUGUGAAGCCUCCACAGCCUGAAGAGACACAGGUUACUUUAAGUAUGGCCCAAGUGGUCUGCCACUGUGUCUGUUCCACUUUCCAUCCAUCCAAGGAUGGUGUGUUCUGUUGGAAGGGGGUUUGCUGAGGGGAUUUCCAGCAAUUAGGGCACUGAAGUGCACAUUUCAGUCCUUCAGCCCCAAAUUUAUCAGGGGCUGUUUGAGGUUACACCUCCGUAUCUGCAGAGUGACAGACUGUCAGAGCCGAUUGCAACAGAAAAAGUGACUUUUUUCCCUGAUAUUUCUGAGAUCUUCUUUUGAGAAGCCAAGAGAACUCUGUGUGAAAUGAUGGUGUAAUUAGGCAGUAAGUUCAGCUGACCUACUGACCUAAUUGCAUGGGUGGGUGAUGGAUUUGGCUGAGGCUGCCAUCUGGUUCCAACAGCAGAGGCCUCGGGUGUGUAAGGUCUGGGUUGAAGGAAAAAGAGAAGUCCAGAAAGUUGGAAUUCUUGCUUUGCUUAGUGUCUUGAAACUCGUGAUAAGAGAUGAGUUUAGGAAACAGUAAUUUAGCAAUAAAACCAAUGGGUAGAUAAAGUUUCCAUGUUCCAUGCUGGAGGAAUCCAUGGCCAGGGUGAGAAUUUGCCCUCAGAGUCAGGGUGUUUCUCCAAAAGGCUCCAUUACACCACUGCUGGGGUGGGUGAGGGUGUUUUCCAAGGGGGGAUAAUGCCUAACAAAUGAAAAGUACUUGCUCUUGUUUAUGGUUCCAUAUCAAAAAGACAGGUAGGAGAGGAUUAGCUCCUCUGUCUGUGAUAAAGCAAAUCUGUUAAAAGGGAUUAAAGGGGCUAGGUGAAGUGUUUUAAUGGACUUAUAUGAAGUAAUAGAUUUUUGUCCUGGAGGAAAAAUCUUCUUCAGGACUCACUGAUACUUCUGCAUUUCUUGUUCUGCUAAAAUUGCCUCCAAAUUCUAAGGAAUCCUGAUUAAUUGUUGGCUUUCUUCCAGCUGCAGCAUUUGUGUCAGUCAUAUGGUGGUGCUUCAGAAAACCUGGAAAUAAAAUUCUGUUCUGCUUUCA